AGUUUACUCCGCAUGGUCUAAUCAGACCAGCUGCUGUUCUCUGUGGAAUUUUAUUUUCUAAUAAAAUUUCCUCCUGAUGACUCUGACUGAAGAACGACCGAUGACUUAUGCCAAAAUGAAGGGGCUUGUCUCAUUUAUAUCAGAUGUGCUGAAAGAGAAAAAAGUGGGCUUCAGCGAUUUCUUACACAAAAUUGUUUCCACACAGAAACCCUGCAAAAACUUGGAUACCCAGAAACUACUGAAGAGACAAAACAAAUGUAGGAGACGCAAGGAGGAAAAGGCUGAUUCAAGGCCAGUGAACACAGAAACGUCAAAGGUGAACCCAUCAGACUUUGACUACCUCAAAGUUAUUGGCACAGGAAGCUUUGGAAAGGUGUUGCUGGCAAGACACAGGAAACAUGGAGGUUACUACGCAGUUAAAGUUCUGGACAAGCAGAUGAUCAUCCAGAGGGAAGAGCAAAGGCAUGUGAUGGUUGAAAGAAAUGUACUCCUGAAGGGACUAAAACAUCCAUUCCUGGUUGGGCUCCAUUUCUCCUUCCAGACACCAAAGACUCUUUACUUUGUCCUGGACUUUGUAAAUGGAGGGGAGCUGUUCUACCACCUGCAGAGAGAGGGUUCAUUUUCAGAGCCCCGAGCUGCUUUCUAUGCAGCAGAGAUAGCAGCUGCACUCGGCUACCUUCACUCUUUGAGCAUCGUUUACAGAGACCUCAAACCCGAAAACAUCCUACUGGACAGCGAGGGUCACGUGAUGCUGACAGACUUUGGUCUUUGUAAAGAAGGAGUUGCUGUUGGUGGGAUGACUCACACCUUCUGUGGGACCCCAGAGUAUCUGGCUCCAGAGGUUCUGCUGGGCCAGCCAUACAGCCCAGCAGUGGACUGGUGGGGACUUGGAGCUGUGCUGUUUGAGAUGCUGUCUGGACUGCCUCCAUUUUACAGCCGCAGCAGACUGGAGAUGUUGGAAAAUAUCCUCUACGCUCCACUGCGGCUGCCCAGCGGCCUGUCUAAAGGUGCCCAUUCCCUAUUAAAGGGGUUGUUAGAAAGAAACAUUUCCAAGCGGUUAGGCCAGAGGCUCGACGUUGAGGAGCUGAAGGGGCAUCACUUCUUUGCUUCCAUCAACUGGGACGACCUGGUAGCCAGAAAACUGAGGCCUCCGUUCAUCCCUAGAGUGUCGGGUCCUUGUGACGUGUGCUACAUCGCUCCUGAGUUUACGCAGCAGCCUGUCCCUGUCCCCGUGAACGAGAGGGUAGAAGCAGCUGCAGCCAGCGCAACAUUUCCUGGAUUCUCCUUCAUGAACCCGGCGGAGUACAUGGCAGCAGAGGCAGUUUCAUAAUGCCACCACAUCCUCUGGGAGCAUGAUGGUUUAAAUAUUAACUAAGUUAUAUUUUAUUUAUUGGAUUGUCCUUUUUUGUACCUGUACAGAAUACAUAUGCCCUAAAAUGGCAUGUUUUAUUAAUUGCAAUUAAAUAAAU